AUGACUUCGUUACUGCAACCAAUGGACCAAGGCAUUAUCUACAACAUGAAACAACAUUACAGAAAACGAAUUUUAACGAAUAUAUUGACUCAAGUGGAUGAGGGAAAUUCUGUUAUGGCCAUAGACUUGCUGCAAGCAGUUCGAAAUCUUAGCAAUGUAUGGAAUGUCUAUGUUAAACCAGAAACAAUUGCCAACUGUUUUAAAAAGGCUGGAUUUUCAAAAGAUGCUAUGCAGAUUCGAUUUGAGCAUUGGGAUGAAGAGGACCUUCUUUCAAUAUCGGAUUUAACUGCUUUACAGUCUUCUUUUAAAAAAGUAGCAAAUAUCGAAGCAUCGUUUGAUGACUACGUAAAUGUUGAUAAUGGUGUGCAGACUUGGGACAACCCAUCCGAAGAAAAUAUUCUCAACAGCAUUUUUGAAAGUCGCGGAGUUCCAGCUGAACCUGAUAACGAUGAACACGAUUUGACCGUUGAAGAAUUGGCAGAAACUGAGGAGGCAUUACCUACGUUGAUACAAGCUGCUUCAUCCAUUACCAUAAUUAGAACCUUUGUGGAAAUGAGGAGUGACGUGCCGAUUAAUGUUUUCAACUCUCUACAUGAUUUGGAAACUUUUAUUGAAAAUGAAAAAUGGAAGACUGUAAUUCAAACCAAACUCACUGAUUAUUUAAAAUAA